AUGGCGGGUCGCGCGGGUGCCGUCCUCGGCGCUCGCCGCCGCGGUGCCGGCGCUGGCUACGGGAGGGGUCGUGUUGCCAGGCCACCUCUGCAUUUGGCACAACAGCGUUCAUUAUCCCCAGAUCGCCAGAGCUUCCAGCCCCUGGCGCCGGUUGCUGUUGCCGGCUUUCUGGAGGGCUACGGCUACGAGGCACGGGCAGACCUAGAUGUCUGGGCUCAGCGACCAGGCAGUGCAACGGCGCCAGUGAUGGCAUUCGAGGUUGCUGGGCACGAGGAACGCGGAGGUCAUACUUGGUAUCAAAUGAAAUGCUCCCUCAUGGCUCCUCGCUCGGUGCCUGCGCUGCGCUGGAAGGUGGAACGACGCCUGUCAAGCCUGCGCGAGGAAUUGCACGAUAGGAUCAAGGAUGGCUUGGGAUCCAGCUAUGCCACUUACUUCGGCAAGACACCUUUCGCGCUGAAAGGGGGUCUGCCGGGCACAACUGCACGGCUCAAUCUUUGGUUUGGAUCCCUGGCGGAAGUUGUAAAUCGCGGAGAUGCGCAGCCCUCUGUGGUCGCGCUUCUGCUCCUCUUCCUGGAGGCCCCAGAGCCGGGGGAGCCGACUGGCUCGGAGCCUCAAGAGGCUGAGGCACCCCGCGCCGCCGCCCUGGCCGCCCCAGCCCGCAGCUCGCCCGAGAGGGCCUCCCUCGGGGCCUCUGCAGCAGAGGCGCCUUCUUCGGGCGACGGGAUGGCGCCUUCUUUCCAGGAGGAGGACCCUCCAAGCGGCCUGAGUCCACAAAAGAGUGCGGGAGCUCGCACGGCCGGCCCAGAGGUCAAUGAGGAGAUCGCUGAGAUCGAGAUCAGCUUGGAAGACGAUCGCAUCCUUUCCGGAGCCAAAGAUGCUUCCGGCAAGCCGCUGAAGACGCGAGUCAACGAGGAAACAGGUGGCCUGCUGGGGCCCUUCAACUCCUUCCUUCGGUCUCCCGAGCUCGGCGGACAAUUGGCCACGCUUGCUGAGACGUGCUUGGAGCGCCAGAAGCGGGUCUAG